GCCUGCGUGCGAGGUUGGGUGGCCGGCCGUGGCGCUAAGUUGCUGCAGCCGUUAGAGUCACUGUCAACUCUCGCAUCACAGCCGCUUGUGGCCAUGGAGACCCAUUCAAUCCACUGGUUCCGUAAAGGACUCCGGCUUCAUGAUAACCCGGCGCUCAAGGAAGCUCUACGGGGCGCUAGCACCGUUCGCUGCGUCUACAUUCUCGACCCUUGGUUCGCCGGUUCGUCCAACGUUGGUGUGAACCGCUGGAGAUUCCUGCUGCAGUGCUUAGAAGAUCUAGAUGCUAGUCUUGUGGAGCUAAACUCCCGGCUUUUUGUGAUACGUGGGCAACCUGCUGAUGUCUUUCCAAGGCUUUUUAAGGAAUGGAAUAUUAACCGUUUGACAUUCGAAUAUGAUUCUGAGCCGUUUGGUAAGGAACGCGAUGCAGCCAUUAAGAAGCUGGCUAGUGAAGCUGGAGUUGAGGUCAUUGUCAAGAUUUCACACACAUUGUAUGACCUAGAUAAAAUAAUUGAAUUGAAUGGAGGACAACCCCCACUAACAUAUAAACGAUUCCAGACUUUGAUCAGCCAGAUGGACUCUCCAGAGCCACCAGUGGAAACUAUUAGUGAGAGAAGUCUUGGGAAGUCUACAAUAUUGGUAUUGGAUGAUCAUAAUGAGAAAUAUGGAGUUCCGUCCUUGGAAGAGCUUGGCUUUGAUACCGAAGGUCUGCCUUCUGCUGUGUGGCCAGGUGGAGAAACUGAGGCUUUAACUCGUCUGGAGAGACAUUUGGAAAGAAAGGCAUGGGUAGCUAAUUUUGAAAAGCCCAGAAUGAAUGCCUUAUCACUACUGGCAAGUCCCACAGGCCUCAGUCCCUACCUUCGAUUUGGCUGCCUGUCCUGUCGACUCUUCUACUUCAAGCUAACAGAAUUAUAUAAAAGAAUAAAGAAAACGGAUUCACCACCACUGUCUCUCUAUGGCCAGCUUCUGUGGCGUGAGUUUUUCUACACAGCAGCAACAAAUAACCCAUGCUUUGACAAAAUGGAGGGAAAUCCAAUUUGUGUGCGCAUACCUUGGGACAAAAAUCCUGUUUCACUAGCUAAGUGGGCAGAGGGGAAAACUGGCUAUCCAUGGAUUGAUGCUAUUAUGACUCAGCUGCGUCAGGAAGGUUGGAUCCAUCAUCUAGCCCGACAUGCUGUAGCAUGUUUCCUAACCCGAGGAGACCUGUGGAUCAGUUGGGAAGAAGGAAUGAAGGUGUUUGAAGAGCUGCUUUUGGAUGCUGACUGGAGUGUAAAUGCUGGCAGUUGGAUGUGGCUAUCAUGCAGCUCCUUCUUUCAACAGUUCUUUCACUGUUAUUGUCCUGUUGGCUUUGGUCGCAGAACAGACCUCAAUGGAGACUAUGUCAGACGUUACUUGCCAGUUCUUAAAGGAUUUCCUGCAAAGUAUAUCUAUGAUCCAUGGAAUGCUCCCAACUCAGUUCAAGUUGCAGCAAAAUGCAUCAUUGGCAUCCACUAUCCAAAGCCCAUGGUGAUACAUGCAGAGGCCAGUCGCCUUAACAUCGAGAGAAUGAAACAGAUCUAUCAGCAACUAUCACGCUACAGAGGACUUGGUCUACUUGCCUCAGUGCCUUCAAACCAAAAUGGAAGUGGAGGAACCAUGUACUCUCUAGGAGAUCAAAUAACUGAGAAUAAUGGCAUUGUUCAAAGCCACACCAAUGGAGCAAUGGUGGGUAAACGCGAAUUGGAACGUGAUACAGCUGCUGGUGAUGACAUGGAAUCUUUAGCGCAAAAAGUCCGGCGACAGUCUGAUGAUAACAAUGAAGAUGAACAGAAUCUGAACCUUGUGUCUUACUGAAACAAUUUGACAUAUUUAUUAUGGAUCUGUCCACAAGAAGGACCAAGAGGGAGUUUUCAAAUAAUUCAGUUGUUUGUACUGAUUUUUAAAUAUCUGCUGUUAUUGUAAUCUGCAAUAAUGUAAAAAUUCAACAUAUAACUCAAGUACUGAAUCUUUUAGGGUACCUUUUUAUGAAUUUUUGUAACUCAGUAUCUCUAAUGUUGAAUUGUGUCCUAUUUCUGCUUCAGAGGUCUCCUAAUAUUUUGUCUUACCCACUUCAACAACCAAUUAAAUUAAUAUAUCUAACCUUUAUGCAUUAUCUUGAGUAGCCUUGCACAAUGUUAGCACUGGAGAAUUUGCUCACAUAAUAUAUCAGUGCUGUACUUGGGGACUAACUCUGAAUACACUAACUGGUGUCAAUCUGAAGAUGCUUCCGUUUGGUGGAUCUAAUAAGGGUUUACUACUUUGCAGUUACUUUACCAUUUCAAAAGUAGUUUGUAUUCAAGUGAAAGUAAACACUUAAGGGAACUGCAGUUCUAGGUUCAUAAAAGCCUCAAUAAGAAGUGAUGUGAAGAGAUAUUUGUAAUAUAACUGAGUUAGUGAAGAGUCAAGUUGCUGCCAUGGGACUAAACACAGAAAACAGUUUGCAACUGCCAGGACCUGAUAUUAUAGCUGCCAGGUCCCAUUGUGAUUUGUGGGCAUAAACAGAAACACUGGAGAAACUCAACAGAUUUGGAAGCAUCUAUGAAGAGAGAAGCAGUUAAUGUUUCACAUUUAAUAUGACUCUUUGGAAUUGAGGGGGGCUAGAAAAGUGGUGGGUCUUAUACAGUGAAAAAAAGGAGGAGGAGCAAGUGGAAGAGAUAAUAAAGGUUUCCCAGCGUCCAGCAUUUGUGGUGCUUUGUUUUUAUCCUAUUGAGGUUUACAUUCUCUGGUUCAGCAACAGAGUUAUCAAAAUUCAAGUCUCCUGAUCUUUUUAAAUUAUAUAGUUUUUGAUGUAUUCUUCCAUGUAUUGUGGGCAUCACUAGCAUUUGUUAUCCAUCCAAUUUGCCCUUGAACAGAGAGGCUUGCUUCGGUCAUUUCGGGGGGCAUUUAAGAAUCACCCGCAUUGCUGUAGAUCAGGAGUCCUAUGUAAGCUAGACUGGGUAAGGAAAAUAAAUUUUCUUCCAUCAAAAACAUAGUGAACCAGAUUGGUUUCUACAGUUGAUGUUUUGUGGUCACCAUUCCUGAGACUAGAUUUCAGCUCCAAAUUUAUUGACUGAAUUUAAAUUCCACCAGCUGUUAUGGUGAGAACCUGUGGGUUCCAUUGCGUCUUGAUUUGCUACGGAGAUCUCAAAGAGAGCAUUGUGCUGUAGAUGCCAGGGAGAACACAGCAUCAUGGAGGGAUUGGAGUACAAUUCCUUAGAGAAGGAAGACUUUGAAAACAGACCUUUAAGUUUUCAAGGUAGCAAAUGGCAGCAUGAUGCACUGCUCUAUUAUGGGGUACAUCUCAAAAAAAUAGUCUUCAGGAGUUGCCUACACAUAAUUAUGUAGCAAAUAAGGAGUAGGAAUGUGACCCUUUCAGAUUAAAGCCACUUUGGCAUUGUAACUCUUUCCUAGGCUGAUGGAGAACUCAUGAACUGCAAUGCAGACUCUGGUACUUUUGGACCCAGUUUACAACAAGAACAACAUGUAUUUAGGUAGUCCUUAAACAUCACAAGGUGCUGCAUUGAAAUUUGAUUGUUGUCAAAAUUUGACAUAUAGCUUCAUUAGGAGCUAUAAGGACAGGAACAAAAUAUAAUGAAUAAUGUAGAUUUGGAGGAUUGUUUUAAAGAGGAACAAGCUAUAAAGCCGACAUUUACAGAGGGAAUUCCAAAUAUGGGAUGCAUGCACAUUUAGGCACAGCUGCCAGUAGUGGUAUGAUGAAAAUUGGAGGUGCACUCACGGACAAAAUUAAAUGAAUGUAGAGUACUGAGGGUGUAGGUCUGGAUGCAGUUGCAGAGAAAAUGGUGUGGGAGAUGAAGGGGGGGAUUUGAACACAGAAUGAAUAUUUUUUAGCAUUACCAGUAAUGAACUAUAUAUUCCUCCUGUGAAUUAUCCCAUCAGUAUUUUGCAUGUUCCUUUGUAAAAAUGAACAUCACAAGUGUGAGUUAAUACUUUCUCAUUUCAGCAGGGCAAGAAGUCAAGCAGAUUAACACCAUAAUAACACAAUAUUUGAUCAUGUCUUUACUGAACAACCCAGAAGAAUAUUCACUCCUCUAGGUUUUUCUUUGCAUUGAAAGUUUGUAGCAGGUAUGGUGCCACAUAUAUUGGAAGAUAAGUUGUUUAGAAACAUUCCAGAUACGAAAAGUAGAGGCAAGACCCAAGCCAGAUGUAAAACACCAUGAAGCUGGAUAAAGUCAUUUUUUGUGAUGUUAAAUGCCCAUUUUGUAAACUGUAACACUCGAUGAAAUAAUGCUGUGGCACUUGCAGCAGGUUAUCAUUAGCACCUAUUGGAAUUUCAAAAGUAUACUGACCAUGAUCUUUGACAUUUGCUGACUACUGGAAAGGUUCCCUGCCUCCUGCUCAAGGUAAGCACAAAUUACCCCUUUUAACCUGUGUCUGUUAUUGAUAAAACCAAAAGAACCAGAUUUGAACAAACUAAGCUGCACCUGUAAUAAGCUGCACAAUGUUUCUGUGCAUUACUUGAUAUGUUUUGACAUCUGUGUUUUAACACAAACAUCUGCCAACACAAACCUCUUGCACUGCUGAUCAAAUGAGUUUUUGUAUCUAGUUAGCAAGCUGGACAAAUUUUUCAAGGCUUGAAUCAAGCAAAAGGAUGUAAUGAAAUGGAUGACAAUUGUCUUUUUACUG